GUACGCCUUGAAAACCAUGGAACAGUGCUCGGUUGCUUGUUCAGUUGAUAGGGUUGCCGAUUUUUUGCUAUCUCGGGACGGUAACGAAUGAGCAGAAACGAAAAAGCACCAGUGGUUGGGUGUGAGCUCCCAUGGUGCUAUGCUCCACUUAGUCACUUCAGCGAGAAAGAGUUCACCGAACGCCAAAGAAAAUCAUUGGUAAACUGUAACCGGCUUCUGAUUGUGCUAGUUGCUUUGGUGUUGCUGAUAUCAAUCGCCUUCGGGCUGAUUUUCGUGCUGCACGUAGAUGAACUCACUGCGGAUGGUUGUGGCACGAGUGCGAGAUGGCCUCAGAAUCCCAUUCGGACCGGAGCGGUGGCUUCGAAUGCGGCCGAAUGCGCUCGGAUAGGAGCCGAAAUUCUCCGAACGAAGGGAUCGGCUGCCGAUGCUGCGAUCGCGAUGAUGUUCUGUGAGGAGAUCGCUUGUUCCGAGAGUGCCGGAAUCGGUGGAGGGUUCUUGCUGACCUACUACAAUCGGACCAGUCGAUCGGUUGAGGUGCUGGACUCUCGGGAGAUUGCCGGCAAAGGUGCAACGGCCGAUAUGUUUGUAGGGUAUGGUUCUAAGGCAACAUAUGGAGGAUUAGCCGCGGCCACACCUGCCGCUUUGAAGGGCUACUGGGUGCUCCAUCAGAGAUUAGGUAGGCUUCCCUGGAGACAGCUCAUUGAACCCUCGAUCAAACUCUGCCAUGAAGGUUUUGUAGUGAAUCCAUUUAUGGCGAGAUAUUUGGCGGAAGUUAGUGGAGCAAUUCACAAGGAUCCAGGGCUUCGGAAUGUUUUUGUGAAUCCUGAAACAGGACAGGUGUUCAAACUGGGUGAUCGAAUUCGGAGACCGGAUUUUGCGCGAACUUUGGAAACAAUUGCCAAUGAAGGAGCAAACGCUUUGUAUUCGAAGAGUGGAACGCUGCUACCCAAGUUUUUGGAAGAUCUUAAAAGGCUAGGAAGUAUACUCACGGAACAAGACUUCCUAAGCUAUGAACCUCAAUGGAAGGCUCCAGUUUCCGCAAAAAUCCACAACGACACGGCCUACAGUGCAGCUCUUCCUGGAGGGGGAACCAUCCUGAUUCACAUGCUGAACAUUCUCGAGGGCUAUCCGGAUCUGCACCGGCAUGAUCCCGUAACCUGGCAUUGGAUUGUCGAAACCUUCAAACACGCCUACGGAAUCCGUACUCGCCUAGGCGACCCAGCGUUUGUCCCCGGAAUAGAAGAGCUGGUCCGAAAUUUGACCUGUAAAAGCUAUGCUGAGUACAUUAGGUCCAAAAUCAAUGACUCGCACACGUCUGAAGACUACAAGUUCUAUGGGGCAGAUUUCUCGCAGCCGGAAGACCAUGGAACGGCACACAUAUCCGUUCUGGAACCGAAUGGGGAUGCCAUCGCCGUGACCAGCACAAUCAACGACUAUUUUGGAGCGCGCAUAAUGUCGCCUCAAACGGGGAUCAUUCCUAACGGGCAGAUGGACGAUUUUUCUACCCCGGGUGUAAUAAACGUCGUCGGAGUCCCGGCAUCGCCCGCCAACUACAUCGCUCCCGGAAAGCGACCGCUUUCGUCCAUGUCCCCAACUAUAGUGGUCGACCAGAAGGGAGACGUUCAACUAAUCGUCGGUGGAGCAGGUGGGACCAAGAUCACAACUUCGACCUUGUUGAUCAUUCUUCGAAAUCGAUUCUUCGGGCAGGAUUUGCGGAGUUCGAUUGAAGCUCCACGAAUACAUCAUCAGCUGGCCCCUAUGGAGUUGCAGUACGAGGACACAUUAGGGGCGUCUAUCGUCGAAGGUUUAACUGCCCGAGGGCACAAGCUACGGAAACCGGACUACGUGGCCCAGAUGACGGCCGUGGCUAGGGAGCGAGAUGGACGAGUGACGGCGGCGUUCGAUCCCAGGAGACCUGGUGGAGCAGCCGUGGUGCCAUUUUGAGCGAUUAACAUUAGUGUCCGUUGCAGAUCAUUAAUGAGGGGAUAACUAAGUCGAGUUAUGAACAAACGAGUUGCAUCCACAAUUUCAUACAGAUUCGAAAUAUUCCCUUUGAAAUGCACUGAUUAACUUACAAGAAGCGUAUUUUUAUCAAAUAACCGCAUGUGGAUGAGCAUUGCACAGUGGUUUAAAACUCGAAAAACGUGAUCAUGGCCUUUACGAAGGCUUAAAUGUCAAAAUAGCUUCAUGAUAUGUUCUACAUAAUGUUACACAAUGUUCUUCAUCAAGGAGUAUUUUUAUUAGCAUGGUACAUAUGGUUGUCAACGUUUCUUCUGAUCCUGCGUUCCAGAUGUCUCUGCGUUCUCUGCUCCUUGGUAGGCCCAACCACUUUAUGUUUUUGGUCAUUUGAUUGUUUUAAUACUAAAACGAUCAAAAACAUGAACAAGUAUGAGCCGUUUCAAAUAAAGAA